GCCACCGUCCGAGAGUCGGGCACAGGCGGGGCCGGACGUGAGGUCAGGAACACUUCCGUUGUCGUCGGGGGUUGUGCUAAGUGUUGUGGCGGGCUCCGGCUGGGCGGCUGCUGGCCUUGCGGAGAAUGUGCAUGGUGGAAUGUACUGUCAACACGAUUGUGUCCUUCUCCCUGGUCCCUGCGGUAACUCACACUCAGUGUGAAGAGGAGAUAAGGUCCACUCAGUCACACACCUUGGUUUGAGUGACUAAUAGCGAUAAGAACCCAGGAACACAAAAAUAUCUGGAGAGUAUAUGGUGAUGGUGUCUCAGACGUAAAACCAUGAGUGAGUUUCGGAUUCAUCAUGAUGUCAAUGAGCUGCUCAGCUUGUUGCGUGUCCAUGGAGGAGAUGGGGCUGAGGUGUACAUCGACCUACUGCAGAAGAACAGGACCCCAUAUGUCACAACCACUGUCUCUGCUCACAGUGCCAAGGUUAAAAUUGCAGAGUUUUCUCGCACUCCAGAAGACUUUCUAAAGAAAUAUGAUGAACUGAAAUCUAAGAAUGCAAGGAACCUGGACCCAUUGGUAUAUCUGUUGUCAAAGCUCACAGAAGACAAAGAGACUUUGCAGUAUUUGCAGCAGAAUGCAAAAGAGAGAGCUGAGCUCGCUGCCACUGUUAUGGCUGGCAGUGCUACCAGCUUCAGCAUCCCUGCCACCACCUCUAAGAUCUCCAUGCAGGAGCUCGAAGAGCUAAGGAAGCAGCUCGGCAGCGUGGCCACAGGCUCCACAUUGCAGCAGUCUCUGGAACUUACAAGAAAGAUGCUUCGAGAAAAGCAGAACAAAAAAAAUUCAGGCCAGCACCUCCCGGUCUUCCCAGCGUGGGUAUAUGAGAGACCUACACUAGUCGGGGAUUUCCUGGUUGGCUCGGGUUUAAGCACAGACACAGCUUUGCCUAUAGGUACACUGCCUUUGGCCUCCCAGGAGACAGCUGUGGUGGAAGACCUACUCUAUGUGCUGGUGGGCGUGGAUGGCAGGUACAUCACUGCUCAGCCCCUGGCUGGGAGGCACAGCCGGACCUUCCUCGUGGACCCCAACCUGGACCUGUCCAUCAGGGAGCUGGUGAACAGAAUCCUCCCUGUGGCUGCCAGCUAUUCCACCGUGACCAGGUUCAUUGAAGAGAAGUCUUCCUUUGAGUAUGGGCAGGUGAACCAUGCCUUGGCAGCUGCUAUGAGAACCCUAGUGAAAGAGCACCUGCUCCUGGUUACACAGCUGGAACAACUGCACCGGCAGGGCCUCCUGUCACUGCAGAAGCUCUGGUUCUACAUCCAGCCAGCCAUGCGUACUCUGGACAUCCUGGCCUCCCUUGCCACGUCAGUGGACAAAGGCGAGUGCCUGGGGGGGUCGACGCUGAGCCUUCUCCAUGACAGGAGCUUCAACUACACAGGAGACAGCCAGGCGCAGGAGCUGUGCCUGUACCUGACCAAGGCGGCCAGUGCACCCUACUUUGAGGUUCUGGAGAAGUGGAUCUACAGGGGGAUCAUUCAUGACCCUUACAGUGAGUUUAUGGUUGAGGAGCACGAACUGCGGAAAGAGAAGAUCCAGGAGGAUUACAAUGACAAGUACUGGGAUCAAAGGUACACCAUUGUCCAGCAGCAGAUCCCAUCUUUUCUGCAGAAGAUGGCGGACAAGAUCCUCAGCACAGGAAAAUAUUUAAAUGUGGUGAGAGAGUGUGGUCACGAUGUCACCUGCCCGGUGGCUAAAGAGAUCAUCUACACGUUAAAAGAACGGGCAUACGUGGAGCAAAUUGAGAAGGCAUUUAACUAUGCUAGCAAGGUGCUGCUGGACUUCCUGAUGGAGGAGAAGGAGCUGGUGGCACACUUGAGGUCCAUCAAACGCUACUUCCUAAUGGACCAGGGGGACUUCUUCGUGCACUUCAUGGACCUCACUGAAGAGGAGCUCAGGAAACCAGUGGAAGACAUCACACCCACCCGCCUGGAGGCUCUUCUGGAACUGGCUCUGCGCAUGAGUACUGCCAACACAGACCCCUUCAAAGAUGACCUCAAGAUUGACCUGAUGCCUCAUGACCUCAUCACUCAGCUUUUGCGCGUUCUGGCCAUUGAGACCAAGCAGGAAAAGGCGAUGACCCAGGCUGACCCCACUGAGCUCACACUGAGUGGCCUAGAGGCCUUCUCUUUUGACUAUAUUGUCAAGUGGCCCUUGUCACUAAUAAUCAACAGGAAAGCCCUCACUCGCUACCAGAUGCUCUUCAGACACAUGUUUUACUGCAAGCAUGUGGAACGGCAGCUCUGUAGUGUGUGGAUCAGCAACAAAACUGCCAAGCAGUACUCACUGCAUUCUGCAAAAUGGUUUGCUGGUGCCUUCACUCUGCGACAGCGGAUGCUUAACUUUGUUCAAAAUAUUCAGUACUACAUGAUGUUUGAAGUGAUGGAACCAACCUGGCAUAUCCUUGAAAAAAACCUGAAAUCCGCCUCUAAUAUCGAUGAUGUCCUUGGGCACCACACGAGCUUCCUGGACAACUGCUUGAAGGACUGUAUGCUCACCAACCCUGAGCUACUGAAGGUCUUCUCCAAGCUCAUGUCUGUGUGCGUCAUGUUCACCAACUGCAUGCAGAAAUUUACACAGAGCAUGAAAUUAGACAGUGAGCUGGGCCGGCUGACACUGGAGCAUGGCACGAUGCUGGGGCCACCCACAGAGGCUGAGCGAGCUGAGGAGCGCGCCCGGAAGGAGCUUACCAGAAAGUACCUGGCUGAGCACGUGGAUGCUGCUCAGCUGGCCUCCGGCUUUGAGGAAACCAUCAACAAGUUUGACAAGAAUUUUUCAGCCCACCUGCUUGACCUUCUAGCCCGACUGAGCAUCUAUAGCACCAGCGACUGUGAGCAUGGCAUGGCCAGUGUCAUCUCCAGGCUUGACUUUAAUGGCUUCUAUACGGAGCGCCUGGAGCGUCUGUCUGCAGAAAGGAGCCAGAAGGCAGCCCCCCAAGUGCUCAUCCCUCGGGGGCCCCUGGCACCAGCACCUAGGGUGGCAGUCUCUGCACAGUGAGCUCCUGGCCACGGCUGGAAAGAAGGGUGUUGGGAGCCGGCAGGCGCUACAGCAGAAGUUCAGAGAUUUUAAAUCAGAUAUUCCUGAGAUAUGUGUGUCGUGUGUGUUGUAUUGUUUAAAAAUAAAGUGUGAAUUAUCCUCAGCUCA